AGAAGUAGUUUUCUUUUUCCAGGGUAGAACCCUCUUUUUCUGUCUGGUAUAGAAACCUCUCUCCCUCCCUCUCUCUCUCUCUCUUGACCAUCCAUGGCGGACAACACACCCCCACCCCCUCAAAACCCAAACCCACCACCACCGCAACUCCCUCACCACCAAAUCUACACCCCCGCCGCCCCGUCCCAAUACCCCUCCCCUUACUACCUCCCUCACCAGCACUCUCAAAACCCUAACCCAGAACAACCCAACUCGCACCCAUCACAACUCGACCCUCUCAACAAGACCCAUGAUCCCAUUGCCGCCCUUACCCCUCCCGGGAUGGACCCCACUUGCUCUUCUGCCGGUGGUGUUCACGAGGCGUACGAUCCCAGCGCGCUCUGUGAUCAAUCUGCGUAUUUUCAGGACCCCAAUGUGGCCAACUCUUUGAAGAAUUGGGCGUUGGAUGUGCUCCGGUAUUACGGGUCGAAUCCGAAUGCUACUGGUCUGACAAUGCCUCCAAUUAAUGCGACAUUUCAGCCGCAUGGAAAUAGCACUCGAAAGGAGAGUGCCAAGAAAACCAAAGUUGUGCAAUCUGUGUGGUGUGAAGUUUGCAGGGUUGAAUGCAACACCAAGGAAGUUCUCGACAAGCACAAGAUGGGAAAGAAGCACAAGAAGAAUGAGGAUAAACUAAAAGAGUCAACUGCCCCUCAUCCUCCUGCUGCUUCGGGAGUGUCCGAUAACCCAGUGAUUGGGCCGCAAGAAAACCCUGCUGCUUCUUCUGUGCAAAAAACAAGAAAGAAGGCAGCCGAACCCGAGGAGGAUUUGGAGACAAAGAGGAGGAAAAUUAUGAACGAAGGGGCAGCAUCAGAUGCCGUUCGGGUCUGCACAAUUUGCAAUGUGGUCUGUAAUAGCGAAUUGGUUUUCGCUUAUCAUAAUGCAGGAAAGAAGCAUGCUGCCAUGAUGACUAAGCAGAGCGUAAGUGGCACAGGUGUGGCUACCGCCACCUAAAGAUUGUGGAAACACUUUCUGGUGUACGACCAUGAAUUUCUUUUGGUUUUGAUUUUCCUUUGUAGGAAUAGUUCAGAAGCAUACACAAGUUCUCUCUGUGUUCUCUUUUAGGUGGUAUUUGCAAGGAGUUCUGGGAUGAAGGUCCAUAUUUGCAUGUUGAAGUGGUUCUUUACUUAAAGUUAAAAGAGUACAGUAUGUAGUAAAGAAUCCUUUCCUAUUUAGGUGCUGCCCCACAAAGGAUGAGAAUGCAGUAGCAACUUUAUUUCUUUCA